CCCUCACACCCAAUUUUACCCAUUUCCCUCUCUCUCUCUGCACUCACCAGUUCCAGAGAGAGAAAAUGGCUCUACUCGCCGCAAUCGCCUGCAUUGCUUCCCUCAUCUCUGCCCUGCUCCCACAUGCCUCUGCCAGGAUUCCCGGCAACUACAACGGCGGUGCCUGGCAGGGCGCCCACGCCACUUUCUACGGUGGCAGCGACGCCUCCGGCACCAUGGGCGGAGCCUGUGGCUACGGAAACCUGUACAGCCAGGGCUACGGCGUGAACACGGCGGCGCUGAGCACGGCGCUGUUCAACAACGGCUUCAGCUGCGGCGCGUGCUUCGAGCUCAAGUGCGCCGACGACAGGUCAUGCCACGCCGGCAGCCCCUCCAUCUUCAUCACCGCCACCAAUUUCUGCCCCCCCAACUACGCCCUCCCCAACGACCACGGCGGCUGGUGUAACCCCCCCAGGACCCACUUCGACCUCGCCAUGCCCAUGUUCCUCAAGAUCGCCGAGUACCGCGCCGGAAUCGUCCCUGUCAACUACCGGAGGGUGCCUUGCAAGAAGCACGGAGGAAUAAGGUUCACAAUCAACGGGCACCGCUACUUUAACUUGGUUUUGGUGACGAACGUGGCGGGUGCAGGGGACAUCAAGAGGGUGAGCAUCAAAGGAAGGGGCGGGUGGGUCAGCAUGAGCCGGAACUGGGGACAGAAUUGGCAGUCGAACGCAGCUUUGGUUGGUCAGCCUCUCUCCUUCAGGGUCACAGGAAGCGACCGACGCACCUCCACCUCAUGGAAUAUUGCCCCGGCUAACUGGCAAUUCGGCCAAACCUUCGUUGGGAAGAACUUCAGAGUUUGAGCCAAUUUAGUGGAGGAGUUUUUGGGAACUUAGAUGGAAAAAAAAAAAAAGAGAAAAAGAAUAGGGUGUGUUUGGUUAAGGCCAAAAGAGAAAAUUAUAGUUUCUCUUUUUUGACUAAUGAGCUGAGGCGGCCACACCAAAAUGUUGUAGCCCGCAGCUUAAUUUCAACAUUUUAUAAAUAGUUUAUAUAUAAGUAAUUUGUGGUAAGUAGUACUAGUAUGUGAUUUUGUUUGAACAAGUGUGCAAUUCUACUUUUAGCUAUAUAUUUAAAUGGAGAUGGAUUGUUUUUUAA